CACUGGUCCAUGAUGAAGAUCACUCUGCUCCUCACCCUCACCCUGCUAGCACAGGGCUACAGCAACACGCUGGAUUCCUGCGCGGGACGCUGCGGCUAUGGGGUAGACUCCAGUUACACCUGUCAGUGCAACACGGCCUGCGAGCGCUAUGGUGACUGCUGCACUGACUACUUCAGCCUCUGUAAAGCUCAGGAUUCGUGUAAGGGUCGGUGUGGCUACGGCACGGACUGGAACUAUAACUGUCAGUGUAACUCAGCCUGCGAGCGUUACGGAGACUGCUGUGCUGACUACACCACCUACUGCACAGAGGGCUCUGGCACCACAAUCUCAGAUGCAGAUAUUAAAGCGCUGUCAGAGAAACUCUACUCUCUGGACUACAAUAAAGCCACAGCCUUUGAGGUGACCAUCAGCCCACAGAGACUCAUCUCCUCCUCACAGACCAGCGGCCAGAUUGACUACUCUUCUAGCCCUCUGUUCCAGUAUGUGGAUGAGGCCACUCUCUUCUCCAAGCCCACCUACAAAGCCCUCAUUAAUCUGCUGGACAACUACCAGCGAACCACGGGUGUGACAGAGAGCUUCAGCUCCCAGCAGCUUUCAGAACAGGACACUUUCCUCAGAGAGGCCAUUAGCUACACCACAGUGGGAAAAGAGCUCUAUGCAUUCCUCAACAGCAAAGGUGUUUACAGCACAGAGACCGACUUCAUUUACGACCUGAAAAUGAUGUGGUUCGGACUGUACUCUCGCUAUAACGGAAAAAUGGACUCCAGUGGCUUUGAGCACAUCUUUGCAGGGGAAAUUAAGGGUGGGAAGGUGUCUGGCUUCCAUAACUGGGUGCAGUUUUACCUGCUGGAGAAACGCGGACUACUGAAUUAUUACAGCCACAGCUUCAAUGGACCUUGGACAUCAUACCCAGACGUGUUGGGGAUGCAGUUUAACUGGGACGGCUACUAUAAGUCAGUGGGCUCGGCCAUCAUUGGUGCAAGUCCUGAGUUUGAUCUUGCCAUGUACAGCCUCUGCUACAUUACACGCCCUGGAAAACGGUGUCAGCUUAGCAUUGGAGGACAGCCUCUGGUCAUUCAGACGUACACCUGGAAUAAUUCCUCUUACGGAGACGGCAAGAAAUACAUCGGCUCAGCGUACCCUGCUACUCCCUAA